GUGCAGCUGGGGCACUGAAAAGCUAUGCAGGAUUCCCCCAGCUCUCUGGUAAUGGAUGGCUACUCCAGCAAUGUACCAGCCUUCCUAACCAAGCUCUGGACACUGGUGGAAGAUCCUGAAACGAACCAUCUCAUCUGCUGGAGUACUAAUGGCACCAGCUUCCACGUGUUCGACCAAGGCCGCUUUGCCAAAGAGGUGCUGCCCAAGUAUUUCAAACACAACAACAUGGCCAGUUUUGUCCGGCAGCUGAACAUGUACGGCUUCAGGAAGGUGGUGAACAUCGAGCAGGGGGGUCUCGUCAAACCCGAGCGGGAUGACACGGAGUUCCAGCACCUCUGCUUCCUGCAGGGCCACGAGCACCUCCUGGAGCAUAUCAAGAGGAAGGUGUCAGUAGUGAAAAAUGAGGAAACCAAGAUGCGCCAGGAGGACCUCAGCAGGCUGCUGUACGAGGUGCAGAUACUGAGGAGUCAGCAGGAGAACAUGGAGUGCCAAGUGCAGGACAUGAAGCAGCAGAACGAAGUCCUUUGGCGGGAACUUGUUUCUCUCCGGCAGAACCACUCGCAGCAACAGAAAGUGAUCAACAAGCUGAUUCAGUUUCUGUUUGGCCAGCUCCAAUCAAGCCCUGGCAGCGCUGGGAUAAAGAGGAAGCUACCUCUGAUGCUUGACAACGGGAUCUCAGCUCCACAAGUGUCCAAGUUCAGCCGUCAUCUGUCCACAGAUCCCCUCCAAGACCCCUAUUUCAUCCAGUCGCCAUCAACAGAACCUGCCUCUUGCUUAAACAGCCCUGGAGGACCCAUCAUAUCUGAUGUUACUGAAGCAACGCCAGCCAACAUCAUAAAUAUGCAAUCCCCUCCUGAAAAUGACAGGGAGAAGUGCCUCAUGCUCAUCAAGGAGGAGCCAGUCAGUCCUGCAGUGAAAGCCCCUGUGGAGCCUGAGCUUGCCCUGGCAGGCUGCCGGGCCUGCUCCGAGCCCCCGGUGCUCCCGGUGGCCAUGGUCCAGUCCGUCCUGGAAGGCAAAGCGAGCGGCAGUGCCGGCCCGGCCGCGGCCCCGCAGCCUCCCGAGAGACGAGGCCGAAGGCUGCUGGACAGAAUAGAUAUUCCAGACCCAUUAGAGGGGCCAGACUGGAGCCUGGAGGGGCUGCAGCUGCUGCUGAGGAGCCAGCAGUAUGGCCUGGAGCCCACCAGCCUCUUGGAUGUCUUUAAUCCCAGUUUAUCUUUGAGUGAGUGGAAUCUGGCUGAGAUGGAAGCCAGCCUGUCCCCGAUGCAGCGACUGGCGGUGGAUCUGGAGAAGAAUGCAGCUGAGUUCUCCAAAGCCUGCAGCCCCUCGUUCAGCACCCCCUGCCCAGGGAAAGAUGUCAUUCUGGAAGGCUCCCAGCAGCUCCUCAUGGACCCUCAGUCCAUCUUUGGGAACGACCUCCUCAGUUUGCCUGAAAGCUCCUCUCUCUAUGUUCCAGCUGAUGGUGUGACUCCCUUCUUGUCCUCUGUGGGGGUCCCAGGGGACAUCCCAUUAAACCUGAGCUCUGCAGCUGACAGCAACCAGUGAUGGAGCUUCCCAGAAGCAUCAUCUCGCUCCCACCCAUCCGAGCAUCCGCAGGUUUGAAUGUAAAGAAACAAAAGUGACUCAGAAACCUACAAUAGAGUUUCUUUUUGUGCCCUUUUUUUUCUGAGUAGAUGGAAAUGGUCUGUAGCUGUUGCAUUCCCCUCCCUGCCCCUGGACUCCAGUGUUUGCCCAGGAAAACAAUUUGAAUCCAAAACACUGCUUCUGGUACUUGCUCCCAUGGGAAGGGAGAACUUGGCAGGAUUUGUGUCUUUAUUCCUUGAAAAUGCUUUUUAAAAAUUCAAAUCUAGUAAAAUUUAAGUGAAGAGGAGCUUGAAAUGACAUCAGGGAUAUCAGCAAGUCAUCUGGACUAGAGUCUGCAAUGGCAACCUUUGGAGUUUACUAGGGCAGCACAGGUGAGCUGAGAUGCCUGACCCUUCUGGAUGCCAUUUCUAAAAUAGGAAAACAGUUCUAGAUGCCAGUCCAAUGCUCUAAAAAUAUCCUCUCUUAGUUUUCUAGU